AAUUUCCGCCACUGCUCGUCGCUCGCGAUUAUCUCCAGUCUUUCACAAGACCUUACCCCAUCUCUGGAUUCUGCAGCUCCAUUCGUCGUCGAUAUUUAGAACCCAUCCUGAGUACCAAUAUCAUUGCGAUGACAUCGUCAUCUUAUUCUUGGAUAUAAUCUUGCCUAAAUGUCUGCAUGCAUGUCACGCCUCGCCAGCACCGGACCUACUUCAUAUCUGAUAAACAACACUCCUCUGAUCCCACUGGCCAAUAAUUCCCCUUGUCACAAGGCCCGUUCUCGUGAGCGCGGAAAAAACCAAGGCCGUGACCACGACUCUCCAAGUCACCUGUAUUAGCGGGGCGCUGGAAUCAAUUCCAUGUCAUCAGGGCUUCCGAUGAACACAUCACGUAUCAGGCUCUUUCUAUGAGAUCUCGACGUU